AUGGAUGCCUCCAAGCCUAUCAUUUUAUACGAUAUAGCAUCUGGUCCGCCCGUCACUUGCUUCGCUCCUAAUCCUUGGAAAGCACGAUAUGCCUUGAACUUCAAAGGGGUGAAUUACCGAACCGAAUGGGUAGACCUCCCAGAUAUCAAAACGGUGCGGGAGAAACUCGGCAUAGCGCCAAAUCGGACUCAUAGCGACGGCAGUGCAUUCUACACACUGCCUAUAAUCCAGGACUCAUCCACCGGCGACAUCAUCGGAGAUACAUUUGAAAUUGCACUUUACCUUGAUAGAACCUACCCCAACGGUCCGACACUGCUUCCUCCUAUGACUGUCGGCCUCCAGGCAGCAUUCAAUAUCCAGGUGGAUGCUAUUUUCUCCCAGCAUGUUAUCCUCUGUGUCCAUGGCAUGCCUCUCAACCCAGAAACCGCCGAGAUAUCCAAGGCCACUUUCGCGCAAAGAGCCGGAAAAGAGAGCUGGGAGGAACUGACUGUUCGGGGCGAGGAAAGAGUAAAGACUCUGGAGUCUCUCAAAGCAGCACUGGAUGGAUUAGCAAAGUGUUACAGACAAAAAGACGGGCUGUUCCUGGAAGGAGACACUGUAUUGUAUGCGGAUUUGAUCGUGGGUAGUUGGCUGGCGUUUUACAAAAUAACGCUCAAAGAGUGGGAGGAAGUUCAGACGUGGCACAACGGUCUGUGGCAAAAGCUCCACCAGGCGCUGGAGAAAUAUGCGGAGGUUAAGUGA